CAUGACUAGCAAGGGAGACCGCUGCUGUGUGGCCCCAUCAUUCAGGCAUAUUGUUCCAAGAGUCUGGGACCCUUUUCCAGAGGUGUGUCUGGGCAGCAGUGUGUUUUUGUCCCUGCACAAUCUUGGGAAUCUUUCCAAGGGAAGGGUUGUGGCUGGGCAUGCUCCUGUCAGAGCGGCCAAUUUGAUCAGAGAGAACCCCUUUAUCCUGUGGGUACUAGCUUUUCCUUCUCUUGGGGUAGGCCUUGGUGGGCCACUGUGUUCCUGGCUUGCAGAAACAUCCCCCUGGACUCAGCUUCCCUGCAGGGAUCCCAGAGCAUCUAGGAGAAAGCUGUCAUUGCUGCAUCUAACUCCAGACUCCCAAGAGUGAUUCUAAGGCUCAGGCAGGCCUGACUCUGAGGCACCUGGGCAACUAUGAGUCUGGUAAACAGUCAUGUUGCCUCUUUGUAAAUGUCACAGUUAUGUGAUUGUCUGAAGCUCUUAGAUUAAUCUGCCUGGCUAUGCUGAUUGGAUUUUAGAUACUAAAGCUCACUCUUCCAGAGCCUUGCGCCUUUAAUAAGACAUACCUGUCUUCUUUGGGAUUAUUGUAAUUUAUGGCACAGCUGCAGAGCUUGGUUUGGGAGGCUGGACAUAGCCCUGAGGUUGUGCUGUAGAAAACCCCUGCCUGUUGCACAGUUUUACCAGGACAAGUGGCUGAAGAUCACUCAGGAAAGUCAUGUGAGUUUUCUCUCAGCUAGAAUGAGUUGACCCCAUUACUCUGGAGCCCCUGUGGAAGGCCUAUGAGAGAGAAGUCACCGCGGGAUAGGCCGAAGGAUAACAGCCCUGUCUGCCGGGAGGAAUCGGCCCUCUGACUUCAAGAAGGCAGACUGUCGUGCGUUCUCAGAGCUCUGUGGAUGGAGUCUGUAAAUGUAGGAUUAGGACCUGGAUGCAAGGCCCGGAAGCCCAGCCCAGUGCCCAGUAUGGUGCUGGAACUUUGUUCCCUUCCCACAUGUCCACUCUAUCUCCGAGGGCUGAGUUUUGCCCUGUCCAAGCUUGUCAGCUCAGAGCUCUGCUGCUAUUUUUUAUUGCACAUGACCUAGAGCCUCUGCAGGAGGUGGGUUGAGGACGGCUCCCAGGACGUCAUUUCUUCAGCCUGCGGUCACAAAUCACUCACUGCUUUUGCUGUCAUUCCCAGAAGGUACCAGGAAGUGUUUGAUACCAGCAUGAUCCCGAUGAGCCACUGGCCUUGAGGACUCUUUGCCUGUGUCCUGAUCUUAUAGGCCCAUGGUAGGCUCGCAUUCUCCCACCUGAUUUGCUUUUGCCAGUAAAAGGUGACGAGAAGAGUGUCACCUGUUCUGUGCCUUCAGGCCAGUUUGUGUAGCCUUUAGGAGCCAGUGCGUGAUUUGUCACAUUCCCUUCCUUUUGCCACCAGUGACUGGUAAUGUCCCAGAGAAAGGCUCUGUCAGUCUGGGUUCCAUGUUAGGACAGUAUGGCGUAGAACCCUCACCAAAGAAUGAACAACAUGUAGUGUGAUUGAGAAAUAAACCUUUGAUGUUUGAAACCCCUGAGAUUUGGGGGUUGUUUGUUACCACAGCAUAACUAGGUGUGUCCUGACCACCACAGCCACCGUAGAGACCAGACCUAGGAAGCCUCAGAAGCACCCAGCACUGACCCAGACAUUUGUUGACACCCACUAGGAGCUGAGUUUACUGUCAACACAAUGAUAAGUUGCUGAAUUUCUAUCACUAGGGAAUGAAAUUAACACUAGCCCAGAUUUAUGUGUGUGCAGAAGGAGCAACAAUUCAUUCUUUAUGUAAGUGACAUUGAGCUAAACCUUGAGAGUUUCAGUCCAUCAAUACCAACAACAAACAGUUAACAUUUUUUGAGUACCUGCUUUUUACCAGGAGCUAAUCUAAGCUCCACUUGUUUGGACCUGUUGAUCUUUAUGGUGAUCCUAAAAGAUAGGUACUAUUAUCUUCAUUGCUCAGAUGAAGAAAUUGAGACACAAAAACGGUAAGUAACCUACCUAAGAUCACAGCUCUAGGAUUCAACGCCAGGGUCCACUUUCUUUGGCGUUCUAGGCUGAGAGAGCAAAUGUAUUGACAUGAAAGACUGGCAUGAGCAGGCUGUGAUGAAUUGUCUGGUGUAACUUGGUCAUAGGGCAUAUGAAAGGGUGUGAUAGGACUUGUGACUGGAAAUGUUGGCCAAACUGUGAAGGAUCUUGGAUGCCAGAUGGAGGGGUUUGGACUUUGUCCUAUGGGCAGUGGAAUGGAGGACGGGCUUCCUGGGGGCUUUAGGAGUAUAACUGCCAGUGUGCAGACUCUAGAUUGGAGAAUGGGUGUUGCAGAAGGCAGGAGCCUAACUGGAGGGGCCUAGAAAGCAGCCCAUGAGAGGUGGCCUGAACCAACGUGGAGGCAGAGACUGCCACACAUACCCUUCUUUUGGCUCUUGACUGACUAGAUCCAUAUUAUGCUUAUAUGGUUUUCAUGUUCUCUAUUUUUCUUCUCAACUGCACUGAAAGCUGUUUGAGGGAAGGGUUCCUUUUAAGCUGUUCUCUUCCCUGUCCUCCUCCUUCAUCUUGGGCUGAUGUCUAUGUUUGGAAUGUCCCUUCUAGGGCAGAACAUUAUACCUUGUCCAAGGCCCAGCUCAAAUGCCAUCUUCCUGCUACAGUCUCCCUGGCAGCAUAUUUGUCACUGGAUUAUAAUCGCAGCUGGCAUCCAGGACAGCUCUCAGUGUUUGCUGAUGGCAUGGCCUACUGGGCUCUGGCUUGUGCCUAUUACAGGGCUCCCCACCAAGUAAAGCAUCAGAGAGAGCCUAGCAGGUCUUCCUCCUCAUGCAUCCUGGCCUCCUUGAGGGCAGAGACCAUCUUAUUCAUCCUACUCAAUUGCUGUGGGUUUGCUAGUGCCCAGUGGUCUCAGGAAAAAGGGCAGUUUGCACCUGACCUCUUGUCUCAGCCACAGUUAGAUGGAUAGAUCAUGUCUUUGAAAUUGAGAGAUUCUGAGUUUAGAGAUACUCACUGUGUGAGUUAUGAAACAUUAAGGAAAUCUUGUUCUUUUUUCAUUAAAAAACAAUUAGAACCUCGGAGCUAAUGGCCGGAUAUAGCUCAACAGUCAGCAGAUGUGGUUCUCAUUUGAAAUAAUGAGGAUGAGAACCAUAAUCCCCCAUGCCUGUCCAGAGCUUUACCAGCUCACAGAGACUAUUCACGCCCGGUAUCCUUAUUAAUCCUCAGAAAAGCCCUGUAAAGCAGGUAGGGCAGGUGCUUUUGCCCAUUUUGUGGAUGGAGGAAGCAGGCCCAGAGCUUCGGCUGUCAGCCCAAAUUUAUGCUGUGGGCAUCUAGCACAGCUGGACCUCCUCUCCCGCCUCCAUUCUCUGCCCAUGCUCCCGCCCUCCCAUUUCUUCUCCCUUUUGUUCCCAGUCCCCACCCUGGGUCCCAGCUGUGCAGAGCAGGGCCCAGUUAUUGGGCACUGAGUGGAUGCCUUAUCCCUCCCUGGCUUAGGUGGCUGCUCCACCCACUUCUGGAGUAUGCUGACACCUCUCGCAGAGCUCUGCCCUGACUCACAUGGGUACCCGGUGAUGCUAAUACACAGACCAAAGGCAGAAAGGAAAGUCAUUUUCUUCCAGGCUUGCUGUUUGCCAUCUGCAUCUGGGAUCUCUGAAGCCAUUUAAAAUCUGGGAGGCGGGGCACCUGAGUGGCUCAGUGGGUUAAGCCUCCGCUUUUGGGCUCAGGUCAUGAUCUCAGGGUCCUAGGAUCGAGCCUUGCAUCAGAUUCUCUGCUCGGCGGGGAGCCUGCUUCCCCCUCUUUCUCUACCUGCCUCUCUGCCUACUUGUGAUUUCUCUCUCUCUCUCUCUCUCUCAAAUAAAUAAAUAAAAUCUUAAAAAAUAAAAAUAAAAUCUGGGAGGCAAGACACAAAGAUCAGGGAUGUGAAAUGUCAACACAAAAUUUAGAAAGCUCAAGACAAGACAAGACUAGUAGAGUCGGCACUGUCCUUGGGUGGGGUAUAGGUACAGGUUCCUACCUGGUUCCUCCCAGAAAUGCCAAGCUGACAGUUUUGGUAAUCAGGCUUUUUCAGCACAGGGGAGUGUGCUGGUCUCUAGCUGUACCAGUAAGUCUGGCUUCAAAUCCAGGACCCAGAUGGAUGAAGAAAAGAAAUGAGGAUUCUCUCAUCAGAGUCAAGGGCUCAGUUUAAAUCAAUGUGCCCCCUGGUGGUAACUCUAGGGGAAUAGCCACUGUGACGUGGAUUCCAGCCGACUUGGCCCACACACUGGCUGGUGAAACCUUUAGUACUUUCCUCCACUGCUCUUUGUCCCCAUCAGACCUGAGCUUGGAGUAGGUGCUCCCUCCCAGAAUGCAUCAUUUAGACAUGAUCUAUUUACGAAGAAUUUUAAUAGGUACAUCAUUACAUAGAUUCAAGAACACCCUUAAAGAAUUAUGGAAGCUGGGGAGAGGGGAGUGGGUAGAACAUCUUGUUGCCCAUUAUGACCCUGAAAACUAGGCUGAUGACAGCAAUGCUCACCUCUAAGGCGGUGUCUGUGCCACCACUUCAUGAGUUUUACUAGAACCACUCAGUGCAGAUUUUGCUCAGAUAAAACAAUGCCAAUAAAUACAGUGUCCUACCCUGGGUAAGGCAUGGAACUAGGCUUAGAGAAGGAAAAUUGAGGGGGCGAGAGCCCUGUCACCCUGAAGCCAUUAAAGUCUGUGAAAUAAGACACAAACAUCAGAGAUGUUAAAACUCAAUACAAGCUUUAGGAAGCUUCAGACAAGACUGGUAUGGUUGUCCCUGUCCUUGGGCAGGUUACACAGCCUGUCUGCACUUCGUUUCCUGAUCCAUAAACUGGGGACAAAAAUCACACUUUCCUCAUGAAACUGUGAGAGUCUGAUGAGUUAAUGCUCAAAGUGCUUACGCCAUGCACACUGCAUGGGCUUAAUAAGGAUCUAAUGCCGUUAUUGUCAUUGUGAUCACAAGCACCAGUUGUUACAGGAAGGCGUAUGCUGAGAUUUCUGUAAGAGUUUAGAGGUGAGUACUUAGACUGGGCCCUUGAUAGAGAGGCUUUUUGGAGGAUGUGGGAGUUGAAUGAUAGUCUCAGUAAUCACAGGUCUCACCUGACACUUGGGCCUUAAAGACGUGUUAAGUGGAUGCACAGUGCAAGCACAUUGGGCCGAAGAAGGGCAGGGGAAGAGCAUGGAGGCAGGCACAGUUGGUGUGACUAGGGAGGAGAUGUGUCUGGGUGACAGGAAGGGCUGGGCUACGGUGGGAGAGGGGACCGGGGCUGUGGGCUCAGGGUGCCAGGCUGAAGGAUAAGGCCUUGUUAAGUACAGUCAGGAUGAUGUUCCAGGACUGGGAUUGGGACGUGGUAAAUCGGGGUGCUUGGCCAGGGAAGGAAGGUAUCUCUGGAGCCUUAGAUGAGAGGAAGUAGCUGCUAGUUACAGAGAAGGAUAGAUGUGAGCUAUGGAAAUGUAGCCCAGAUAGGACAGAGAAGGAGAGGCUUGAGAUGACAGAGUAUAUCAGGCUUGGUGACCACAAGAAAGUUGGUAUCUCUAUAGGCAGGAACAUUAGGAGGGGGGACUGUGAAGGGCAGAGGAGUCUGCUUGGAUGUGCCGAGUGGAAGGACUGUGUGGUCUUCAUCUGGAGAUUCCAGGAGGUAGGGAUGGAGCUCAGGGGAGAGGGGAGGGCUGGACCCCUGCAUGAGGGAGUCCCUGGCUUGGGAAAGUCAGAUGGGUCCUUGGAGGAGUGGAGUCUCAGAAAAGGGUAGGAGGAUAUAAGUGUCAGUCAUGAGGAGGUACCGUGUGUUGAGAGAAAGCAGUCAGAGAAGGAUGAGAAGGGCCACAAUUUCUCCUGUAGCCCUCACAGUAUGCAGAGUACCUUGCAGACUCUGGGAGAUGUUGUCAGCACCCAAUGGCUCUGUUACAAAGGGGACACAUUUAGUGAUGUAUAUUGUCCUCACUGGAGGCAGAAAUCACCUCAGCCAAGGGGAUGGUUCUGGUGAAGUGCAACCUGCCCCUUUCUUGGACUUUGCCCCUGAGCUGGCCAGUUGUCUUGGUGCCUUUCUCAGAUGUCUCCCACCUGUUCCCCAGGGCUGCCCAUGUCUGAGACCUGGCCCUGGUGAGCCCAAGGCUGUCCCUAAGAUAGCAUAGGCCUGUCUCCAUACCAAGGGGUUCCCCGCAGCACCUCUGGCCCACACAUUUGGUUAGAAGGAACAGUGACUAAGAGAACUUGUAGGCUGAGAGGUCACUACUGGGGAGUUUUUCAAAUAUAGGUAACAGAUAGUUAUGUAUGAUGAAGAAUGAAUUCCAUGAUCCAGCAAUCUCACUGCUGGAAUUGAAACCUAGAAGAAUUGGUGGCUGUGACUCAAAGAGGUAUUUGUACACCCCUGUUCACAGCAGCAUAGUUCAUCCUACAGUUAAAGGUUGGAAGCAACCCAAGUGUCCAUUGAGAGAUGAAUGGCUAAAUAAAAUGCAGUAUAAACAUAUGAUGGAUUAUUAUUCAGCCUUACAAAGGGAGGAAAUCUGCAAUUUGCUAUAACAGGGAUGGAUCUUGAGGAUUCAUGGUAAGUGAAAUAAGCCAGUCACAAGAAGAUAAAUACAGUGUGAUUCCACUUACAUGACAAUUUUAGAGUAAUCCAAUUCAUACGCAGAAUGUAGACUGGUUUCCAGAGGCUGUGGGAGGGGAGCAGUUGGGAUUUAGUGUUUAAUGGGUAUAGAGUUUCAGGUUUGCAAGGUAAAAACAGUUUUGGAGAUGGAUGGUGGUAAUGGCUGCCCCACAUUUUGAAUGUACUUAAUGCUCCUGAAUUGUAUGCUUAAAAUGGUUAAAAUGAUAUUUUUCCUGUUAUAUGGAUUUUACCAAAAUUUCAGAAAAAGGAUGAAUUCAAAGGUUUAAUUGCAGCUAAAGUGGCACAUAUGGAAGGGCACACAGCUAAGAAGGUGUCUAAGCAGGGGGCAUGGUAUGGCAUGUUGAGAUGGGCCUGGCUUCCAUACCCAGACCAACAGCAUGACCUAGGCAGUCAGCUAACUGCACGGACUUCUCACGUUUGAAAUGAGUCUGGCCAUCUCUGCCCUGCCACUGCCCAGGGUGUUGGGUGGCCUGGGAGAAUGAGUUUGCACAGCCUCUCUCUAAACUGUCCAAUGGCAUGCAAAGUCCUUGCAGUAUCUGCACUCUGCUCUCUUGACACAAGGGUCAACCUUGUGAGCUACUCCAAGUAGGGCUAUGAUGGGACUUCUGGCAUGUGGCUGCUCAUUUCAGGCUGUGUGGGGCCUGUGGUUUGUGGAGUUAUGUAGGGUUCCUAUGGGCAGCUGCCAGGUUGGGUUCUGCAGGACAUUUUGGGCUGCAGACUGAAUGCAUACUCAGAAGGACCUGGCAGCUUUUCUCAGCCAUAUUCUGGGAGGGAAUUAAGCCUUACUGUAUUAACUUUUCUCUUGCGCAUUUAGGAUCAUACUAAGAGAAACAAGGAAAUAGACAAAAUAAUUUCCUGUGUUCUGUGGUUCCAUGAGGAAUCCCAGCUGAGUGAAGCUGGGACCUGGCAGACCCAGAAGCCUCCCACCUCAAUCCCUACACCACAGUUCCAUAGGGAAUGAGAGGCCUGAGAGAGGCAAGGACUCAUCCAAGGUUACACACAGCUGGUGGCAAAGAAAGCAUUCAAAACCAGGUCCAUAGAUGCCAAGCCGGGACUGUAUGUUGGGUGACAUGAUCAUUUCCAUUCCUUCUACAUGGUGCUGGGUUUGAUAUUUCUGGUUGUAAAAGUGAAUUCAUGUUUUGUUUUUUUUUUCCCCCAGACCACGCUGUCUGUAAGGGUAGUGGGUUUGGGAGGCCUGAGCAGUGCCCUUCUCUUUCUUGUGAGCUGAGGUCACAGCUCUGGCUGGUUCUGGGCUGUGUUGUGGCUAAGUGCACUGCAGCCCCUGGCAUGGUGGGAGGCGGGGCAGCAGCUAAGUGGUUUCUGAAAAAGGGCAAAAAUGAUGGGAAAAGCUCUGGGAUCCUCUGGGAAUCAGCCACGGCAACAGCAGCUGCUGCCAUUGCUGGAAACAUUUUCCUUGAGUGCCAGAGUGUACCCACAGCUCAUCCUGACCAGCGCAGAGCAACCGCAACCUGGGGAGGGGCCAAGGACCCUCACAGAGUCAGGGAGGCAGCUUUCCUCCCCACACCAUUCCAGCUCUCCCUUCAAUUAACAAUAGCCUCAGAGCUCCCUGGUACCUGCUGUGUCUGGGCUGUGCCUGCAUCUAGCUGGCUGCCUCUUAGGCCACGAAGGAUCUGGCAAGGAUGAAGAAAUGGGGGAGCUCAGAUUCAGGGCAGGCUGAGGACCCAUCCCAAGAGGACUCCUGCCCAGACCCCCUGGAUGGAGACCCUAAUUCCAGGUCAGCUCCAGCCAAGCCCCACUUCUUCCCCACGGCUAAGAGUCGCAGCCGGCUUUUUGGGAAGUGUGACUCAGAGGAGGCUUCUCCUAUGGAUUGCUCUUAUGAAGAAGGCCAGCUAGCCUCUUGCCCAGCCAUCACAGUCAACCCUGUUGUCAUCAUCCAGAAGCACGAGGAUGGCCCCGCAUGUGCCAGGCAGCCGUCCCAUGAUUCUGUCACUGCCGGAUCUGAGAAGAGCCUCAAGCUCUACGAUCGCAGGAAGAUCUUUGAAGCUGUGGCUCAGAAUAACUGUGAGGAGCUGCAGAGCCUGCUGCUCUUCCUGCAGAGGAGCAAGAAGCACCUGAUGGACAGCGAGUUCAAAGACCCAGAGACUGGGAAGACCUGUCUGCUGAAAGCCAUGCUCAACCUGCACGAGGGGCAGAAUGACACCAUCCCCCUGCUCUUGGAGAUUGCCCGGCAGACGGACAGCCUGAAGGAGUUUGUCAAUGCCAGCUACACAGACAGCUACUACAAGGGCCAGACGGCCCUGCACAUUGCCAUCGAGAGGCGGAACAUGGCACUAGUGACCCUCCUGGUGGAGAAUGGGGCAGACGUCCAGGCUGCAGCCAACGGGGACUUCUUUAAGAAAACCAAAGGGCGGCCUGGCUUCUACUUUGGUGAGCUGCCCCUCUCUUUGGCUGCAUGCACCAACCAGCUGGGCAUCGUGAAGUUCCUGCUGCAGAACUCUUGGCAGCCAGCGGACAUCAGCGCCAGGGACUCCGUGGGCAACACAGUGCUGCAUGCACUAGUAGAGGUGGCCGACAACACAGCAGACAACACCAAGUUUGUGACAAGCAUGUACAAUGAGAUUCUGAUCCUGGGGGCCAAGCUCCACCCGACGCUGAAGCUGGAGGAGCUCACCAACAAGAAGGGGCUGACACCACUGGCUCUGGCUGCCAGGAGUGGGAAAAUUGGGGUCUUGGCCUAUAUUCUCCAGAGGGAGAUCCAGGAGCCCGAGUGCAGGCAUCUGUCCAGGAAGUUCACGGAAUGGGCAUAUGGGCCUGUACACUCCUCGCUCUACGACCUGUCCUGCAUUGACACUUGUGAGAAGAACUCAGUGCUGGAGGUGAUCGCCUACAGCAGCAGCGAGACCCCUAAUCGCCAUGACAUGCUUUUGGUGGAACCGCUGAACCGACUCCUGCAGGACAAAUGGGACAGAUUUGUCAAGCGCAUCUUCUACUUCAACUUCUUCGUCUACUGCGUGUAUAUGAUCAUCUUCACCACAGCAGCCUACUACAGGCCUGUGGAUGGCUUGCCUCCCUAUAAGCUGAAACACACCAUUGGGGACUAUUUCCGAGUCACUGGCGAGAUUCUUUCUGUAUCAGGGGGAGUCUACUUCUUUUUCCGAGGGAUUCAAUAUUUCCUGCAGAGGCGGCCAUCACUGAAGACCUUGUUUGUGGACAGCUACAGUGAAAUGCUUUUUUUUAUGCAGUCUCUGUUCAUGCUGGGGACCGUGGUACUGUACUUCUGCCACCACAAGGAGUACGUGGCCUCCAUGGUGUUCUCCCUGGCCAUGGGCUGGACCAACAUGCUCUACUACACCCGCGGCUUCCAGCAGAUGGGCAUCUAUGCUGUUAUGAUUGAGAAGAUGAUCCUGAGAGACCUGUGUCGCUUCAUGUUUGUCUACCUUGUUUUCUUGUUCGGGUUUUCCACAGCGGUGGUGACGCUGAUUGAGGAUGGGAAGAAUAACUCUGUGCCAGCUGAGUCCACAUUGCACAGGUGGCGAGGGCCAGGCUGCCGGCCUCCUGACAGCUCCUACAACAGCCUUUACUCCACAUGUCUGGAGCUUUUCAAGUUCACCAUUGGUAUGGGUGAUCUGGAGUUCACAGAGAACUAUGACUUCAAGGCUGUCUUCAUCAUCUUGUUGCUGGCCUACGUGAUUCUCACCUAUAUUCUUCUGCUGAACAUGCUCAUUGCCCUCAUGGGUGAGACUGUCAACAAGAUUGCGCAGGAGAGCAAGAACAUCUGGAAGCUACAGAGAGCUAUCACCAUCCUGGACACGGAGAAGAGCUUCCUUAAAUGCAUGAGGAAGGCCUUCCGCUCAGGCAAGCUGUUGCAAGUGGGGUACACACCUGAUGGCAAGGAUGACUACAGGUGGUGUUUCAGGGUGGAUGAGGUCAACUGGACCACCUGGAACACCAAUGUAGGUAUCAUCAAUGAAGACCCAGGCAACUGUGAGGGCAUCAAGCGCACCCUGAGCUUCUCCCUGCGGUCAGGCAGAGUUUCAGGAAGAAACUGGAAGAACUUUGCCCUGGUUCCCCUUUUAAGAGAUGCAAGUACAAGAGAAAGGCCUCCUGCUCAGCCAGAGGAAGUUCAUCUGAGACACUUUGCAGGGUCCCUCAAGCCAGAAGAUGCUGAGGUCUUCAAGGAUCCUGUUGCUUGAGGGGAAAAGUGAGGGACCCCUCUAGGGUACUCCUAACACUGUUGGGCCUCAGAAUAUCUCACUGUGGAGGGAACAACAGGGCCCUCUCAGCAGCCUGGCUUGGCCUGUGCCUGCCCAGGCCCUUUCCUCACCUGCUCUGCACAAGCUACGGGAAGCAUUGUUGGGUGCAUGGGGAGAGCUAGUUAUCCAGCCUCACUGUCCCCAAGGGAGUCUUCCACCAGGAAAUUAUUUUGCUCUCAUAUUUUUACUGACUUUGUUAGGUAUCAUGAAUGAUGAAUCUUGUGUGGACAUAUGUGAUGCCAUUGUUUUAUUUUAUAUGACUAGGAGUGAAUGUAAGUGAGGCCCAGGAAAACACCUCUUGGAACAAAACAAAACAUGUCCUUUGAUGUAAACUGCUGCGGCUGUUCUCUGUGUUGUGUUUAAUACCUCCUCCAAAGCAGAGUGGGCUUGGGGGGAUGUCAUUUAUUCCUCAGAGAAGGUGGGGGAAGGCUGGCCCUAUUUCCAGCUCUGCCAGAAUCAGGUUUUGCCAGAGUGACUUCCUUGUUCUGUGUGAUACAUCAUGGCCCCCAAAAUAGAACUCUUUUGCUGUCCAGAUGAAAGUACAGCACCUGUCUUAAAAGCAUGUGGCAAGAAUUUUUUCAUGGUCUUCCAUUUGUAGCAACUGUAGUCCUACUCCCCCGCAGUGGUCCUACUUCCACCUCCAUGCAUCCUGUCACUCAUCAAAUAAAUAAAUAAAUAAACAAAUAAAUAAAUAAAUAAA